ACGCCCAUUAACUACGGACACCACGGAGGGGCAAAAGGCGUUUGUCCUUAAGCAGCUAGCUAGCCUUUAGCUUUAACAUGGCAUCGUUUGUUAUUAAAUCUGCCCACCUACGUUAUGUUGUACGGACAGGGAAGCUCAUGAACGGGAAUUGGACAAGAAACACAUUUUGUUCAGACAGAAGGUAUGCCACUGAAGGAGACAACAAGGUACCCAAAAUAUACACCAAAACUGGAGACAAAGGUUUCUCCAGCACAUUUACAGGAGAGAGGAGGCCAAAGGAAGAUCAUAUUUUUGAAGCCUUGGGAAAUACAGAUGAGCUGUCAUCAGCUAUAGGCUUGGCCAGAGAAUUUUGCCUUGACAAAGGUCACACGUUCACAUAUCAGUUGGACAAGAUACAGUGCAUUUUACAAGACGUGGGCUCCAAUAUUGCCACCCCUCAAUCAUCUGCAAGAGAAAGUCACAUAAGGAGAACAAAAUUUACUGCUCAGCCAAUUGCAGACCUGGAAACCUGGAUAGAUACAUUUACAGAAGAACUCCCUCCACUGACCAACUUCAUUUUACCUUCUGGUGGAAAGAGCAGCUCAGCUUUGCACUUGGCUCGGACAGUGUGUCGGAGAGCAGAGCGCAGUGUUGCUCCAAUUGUGCGAGCAGGCGAGGCAGAUCCAGAUGUUGCUAAGUUUUUGAACAGGUUGAGUGACUAUCUGUUUACCGCAGCCAGAUAUGCAGCCACAAAAGAAGGCAACGAGGAGAAAAUCUACAAAAGACCUGAAUGAACAGAUUCUCACAUGGGGAAUAAGACAAACACCUAAUUUGUUUUUUGGGGAUGGUUGGUGUUGCAGAUAUUUCACUUUUAUUGUUCAUAUAUUAAUAAAUAUGAAUGUCUAAAAUUGUUUUAAUCAAUGAAACUUUAACAUAAUGUUAAAGCAUAAUGUGAGACUACAUGCAGUAAUAAACUUCACUGUGGCUAAAUAAACCAUUCAGCCAAUA